GCGGGGGCGGGGAGGAGAGGGGGGCGGUGACGUGCGCUGGAACCCGAGCGGAGCCGCGACGGACCGCUUCGCUGCUCGCACACGGAGCUCGUUCCCGCGAGCGGCAGCGAGCACCGGCAGCGCUCCGGCUCCGAAUCCGAGCUCGAGUUCAGCCCCCGAACCAGGACCGUCGGGACCGGCCGGCGCCCUCAAUCAGAGCCGAUCGAUCGAUCGAUCGCAGCGCAUAGCGACCCACACGCGCCCCGGCCGCGUCUCCGCGCUACAAUGUAGCGGCUGUGCGCGCUCCCGCAUCGGUACCGGGUCUCAGUGGCAUUUGUGUCCUCGGUGGAACCGGAGCGCAGCGGACGGACGGACCCAGCGAGGAGGAGGAGGACGAGAAGGAGGACCGGGGGGGGGACAGGCAUGGUGUCCCCGUGGGGCUGCUGGUGGUCCUCCGUGACCGUGCUCGUGCUGUGGGUCGCGCGCCUCUCCGCGGCUCAGUACUCGAGCGACCAGUGCAGCUGGAGGGGCAGUGGGCUGACGCACGAGUCGCACGCCCGCGAUGUCGAGCAGGUGUACCUGCGCUGCUCCCAGGGCUCCCUCGAGUGGCUGUACCCGACGGGCGCCGUCAUCGUGAACCUGCGACCCAACGUGGCGCCGCCUCCGGGGGGGCGCCUCUCCGUGUGCGUGCGGCCGGAGGCCGACUCGCGCGGCUCCAACGUCUAUCUGGAGAGGGCCGGCGAGCUGCGGCUGCUGCUGUCCGAAGGGGACCAGGCGCUGCGCAAGGUCACCUGCUUCAGCUUCCAGGAGGGGGCGCUCUUCAUCGAGGCCCUGCCGCAGCACGACAUCAGCCGCAAAGUCACGGCCUUCCAGUACGAGCUGGUCAACGACAGGCCUGCGCAGCGCGUGCCCUGCCAGCCUUGCAGCGACGCAGACGUGCUCCUGGCCGUGUGCACAAGCGAUUUUGCGGCUCGCGGGACCAUCCAGGGGGUGAAAGAGGGGGCGGAGCACACCUCGGUCACCGUCGUGUUGAGCCAGCUAUAUCGGCAGAAGAGCCGCGUGUUUGCGGCGGGGGGCGGGAGAGUCAGGCGCUGGACGGGUCGCGUGCUGAUGCCCCUGCAAUGCCGAGUGCGCCCUGGGGAGGGGGAGUUCCUCUUCACGGGUUCCGUGCACUUUGGGGAAGCGUGGCUGGGCUGUGCGCCACGAUACCGCGACUUCCUCAGACUGUACCAGGAGGCGCUGAAGCAGGGUGCGAAUCCCUGCCAGGUGGAUGCUAAGUGAGCCUGGGAUGGAGAGUCGGAGCAUUCUUGUACGAGCUCCCUCCGACAAGCCGGACUGGGGCACCAACAGGGGAUGGACCCUCUGGAUGGACAAAUGGGCAAAUGGGCAGGACGGUGCUUUUCCGGGAACACCUCGACCGUACCGCUUUCUGACCGGCAGGCCUUCGUAACUCUUGCCAAGCAGCGUGGUUCAUGGGACUGUUGGAAGCCCGUGUCCAGAGUGGCAUGUCCUAACAGGUGUGUUGGGACCCAAUGUGGACAGCAGCGGGGUCUCGGUGUGGGGGGAAAUGUCAAAGGAAAUUCCCGACUGGAGCUUCCAGAUGCUUUGUAAAGAGCUUGAUGUACAGUUUGAAGUUGUUUCUUAUGACAGAAAUGUAUGCAGUUAAAGCUGCUUUUUUGUGUGUUCUGCUUUUCUUAGUCUGAUUUUAAUUCAGGCUUGUUAAUUUUAAAGUUUUUCUUCCCUCACCCCCUCCCAGAGAAUAAAAUAAUUUCCUGGAACAAAGUU